CUAAUGACUCUUGCUGCCACUCUGGCUGUCAAUGAAGCAGGACCUUUCAGAACAUACAGAAGUCCAUUAAAAGACAGACAUCAAAAUGGUUGUCGUAAUUGAGGAUAAGCCUGCUUUCGACAAGGCUCUGAAAAAUGCCGGGAACAAGUUGGUGGUGGUGGACUUCACAGCCACAUGGUGUGGGCCCUGCCAGAACAUCGCUCCAUUCUUUAAAGCGCUGUCUGAAAAAGAAGAGAACAAAAAUGUGGUGUUUCUAAAGGUGGAUGUGGAUGAUGCACAGGAUGUGGCCGCUUACUGUGACAUUAAAUGUAUGCCAACAUUCCAAUUCUACAAGAAUGGACAGAAGAUUGAUGACUUUUCUGGAUCAAACCAAUCUAAGCUGGAAGAGAAGAUCAAUAUGCAUAAAUGAAGAAAAAAAAACACACAUAAAGAAAAACACAAACCAACCGUUUAUAACUAAAUACACAUAAUAGGUGUAUUUGAAGCUAAAUACACAAUAGGUUUUCUGAUCUUGAUUUCAGAAGUUUAAAUCAAGUACAACAACAUCAUUCUCAUCCUCUAAUUCUAUGACAGCUACAAAAACCAAAACUAUGGUAAUACUUUCCUCAAAGACUUUUUUGUUAAAUAUUUUGGCCUUCUACAAUGGCUGCCUCUAAUGUAUUUAUGUUGGCUUUGUAUGAAAUUAAAACUAUAAAAAGACAUCAAAAGUU